AUGUCGUCUACCUCCGUCUCGUCACCAUCACUGGCGGAUCUGACGUAUGCCCGUCCUAAUUUGAAAGAUAAUACCCUUAACGAGCAGGAACUAGACCGACUAUGCCCACUCGAUUUUGGCAAGCACGAUCUGGAGCCUAGAAAAGAUCUUGGUGGCCUUGAAAGACUGCCCUACGAGCUGAUCGCGGAAAUUCUGGCUCUGCUGGAUCUAAGAUCCUUAUUCGACUUUCGCCGUGUCAAUCAACGUGCGAUGCAAGCGAUAGAUGCAUUGCCCCAGCUUAAGCAGAUUCUGAAGUAUAAUGUCACUCUCGUACGAGCCAUGCUAAGUGUCGAAGUUGGAUCACGCUACUCGUGUACGGAACUACUUGAUACACUCAAGGCUCGCGACUGCAGGCAUUGCGGGGAUUUUGCCGGGUACAUUGACGUGUUGCAAUGCAAGCGGGUCUGCUUCCUGUGCUUCAGUCAGGAGCAAAAAGAUUACCUUCCCCUCACUGCAGCGCAAGCGUGCCAGAAGUUCGGCAUUGACCGCUCUCGACUCCUGAACUUGUCUCAUAUGAAAGCAGUCCCAGGACGCUAUUCGCCGAAUGAUAAGCUUUGUCGCAAGCGCUCGGUAUUGUACGAUCCGGAGUCCGCUCAGCAAGCAGGGACCGCCUGGCAUGGGUCGCAGGAAGCUAUGAGAAAAGCCGCGGCGGACCACUUGGCGCAGAAAGUGCUGGAGUAUGAGAAUCGAAUGGAAGAAUAUCUCAGCGGCGUAAUCCAGUCGAAACCGCGAAGACCAACUGGCUCACCAGAGGAGCACGAUGGUCGCUCAUCGAACCCACGUCGAUACAUGGCUAUCGUUCGCGCGCCGUCGCUAGCGGAGGGAAUCUCAAUCUCGGGCUUUCACUGCACUGGCUGCCAACGCGAGUAUCGUAGCCGCCCGUUACACUGGAGGAGGAAAUACACAGAUGAAACAUUCAGGACGCAUAUUCAACAGGGUGGAGUGAUCCGCGAUGGUAGACACGAGCCUUGA